CAAAAUGUUUACAAAAGGUGUCACCUGCCCCUCCCCACACACAGCGGGGGUGUGGCUGCUUUCAGGCUUGGACAGCUGUGGGGGCUGAGGAUCCUGAAACUGAGCACAAGGGACCUGGGAAGCCUGGGCACUUGCUCCACUUGGCGUUUGGCCCAAAGUUCUCUGUCCCCCCACCCUCACAAGCCUCUCUGGCCUGGUGCACAUACCUUCUUGUUCCUGUGCCCAGCCAGUACACAGGUUGGGGCUGGGAUAUGGAGGCAGGUGAGGUCCUAGCUGAAGGGGACUCAGCCUUGUGCUGAGGAAGUGGUUUCCUGACAGCAUCUUCUGCAUGGCGGAGAGGCCAUGAGGGGAGAAGGCCAGUCCUUGGUAACCAAAAGGGCCCCAUGGCCUGAGGGUGCUGGAGUGGAGCCCUAGGCCUGACUGGCUGUCCAGAGCUCUUAGCCCUGUCAGAGUCAGUCCCCACCUGCUCCUCCCAGAAGGCGUGGGGUGGCUGUGGUGGCAGCCCCCUGCCAACAAUAACGGUUGGUUCUGGGAUCUGGGACUGGGCGAGCCGGCCAGGCAGGUCCCUGUUGCGCCUGUGCCAGAGGCCACCCCCCUCCUUGGUUUCAAGGUCCUGUCCCAUAAGCCCAGCCUUUUGUGGUUCAGCUGGGUCGCAGGCUGGAUCCCAGGCCCCUUCCUUGAGAAGCAGAGGCCUUGCACCCCUCCAGGGUUGCUGGGCGGGAGAGUGAUUCCAGCCCUUCAGCACCUGAAGGCCAACUGAGGCCCCCUGCUCCCAUGGCCAGCCCUGGAAAGCCUGGGGCUGAUGAGGCCCAGGAGGAGGAGGGGGAACUUGAGGGGGGCUCUGCAGGGCCACAGGCUGCAAUGCUGGAGCAGGCCCAGGAGCUGUUUCUGCUAUGUGACAAGGAGGCCAAGGGUUUCAUCACCAGGCACGACCUGCAGGGACUCCAGAGCGACCUGCCCCUCACACCAGAGCAGCUGGAGGCCGUGUUUGAAAGUCUGGACCAGGCUCACACUGGCUUUCUCACUGCCCGGGAGUUCUGCCUGGGCCUGGGGAUGUUUGUGGGGGUGGAGUCGGCCCAGGGAGCGACCCCCCGCAGGACUCCCGAGGAGACCUUUGAGUCGGGCUGGGGCUGGCUCGACGUGCAGGGCACGGGGGCCUCUCUGGAUGAGGAGGAGGAGGAAGAGGAGGAGCGAUUCCACACUGUGUUGGAGCAACUGGGGGUGGCCCCGGUCCUGGGCGAGCAGCGGGCUGUGAGGACGCUCUGGGCCCGGCUGCAGCGCGAGCGCCCCGAGUUGCUGAGCUCUUUCGAGGAUGUUCUGAUACGCGCGUCAGCCUGCCUGGAGGAGGCGGCCCGGGAGCGCGACGGCCUGGAGCAGGCGCUGCGGAGGCGCGAGAGCGAGCACGAGAGGGAGGUGCGCGCUCUGUACGAGGAGACCGAGCAGCUGCGCGAGCAGAGCCGGCGCCAGCCGAGUCAGAACUUUGCCCGCGGCGAGCAGAGAAGCCGCCUGGAGCUGGAGCUGCAGAGCCGCGAGCAGGACCUGGAACGCGCGGGCCUGCGGCAGCGGGAGUUAGAACAGCAGCUGCAGGCCCGGGCUGCGGAGCACCUGGAGGCGCAGGCCCAGAACUCCCAGCUGUGGCGGGCGCACGAGGCGCUGCGAACGCAGCUGGAAGGGGCGAAGGAGCAGAUCCGCAGGCUGGAGAGCGAAGCGCGAGGCCGCCAGGAGCAAACCCAACGAGAGGUGGUCGCCGUCUCCAGGAACAUGCAGAAAGAGAAAGACAGCCUGCUACGGCAACUGGAGCUGCUCAGGGAACUGAACACACGGCUGCGGGAUGACAGGGACGCCUGCGAGGCCAGGCGGGCAAGUGGCAGCCGCAGGAAGGCUCUGACGACUGCCCACCUGCCUGGGCCCACCUGCUGCUGCUGCUGCUGCUGGGCUCGGCCCCACAGACGAGGCUCUGGCCACCUUCCCAGUGCCCGGUGACCAGCUCCGAGUGACUCAGAGCAUCAGCUAGAAGCUGCUCUUCUGGGAGGCUUGUCAUGGGUAGGGGGUACCCACUCAGGAUGUGGGCUCUCCCCAGGGGGCCCCAGGAUCGCCUGACUGAAGAACUGAAGACAUGAAGGACCUAGCCUGGGAGUGGUCAGGGUCCCGUGUGCCCUCUGCCAGCCUUCGCUCUGUCCCCAAGCAACCCCAACUCAGUUCAGCAGAAAACCCCCCUCAUCAAAUAAAACCUACUGACUGCACUGCA